AACUAUCAGCAGCUUAACACCGCACAACACGACAAACUUUCAUCGGCUUAACACACAGAAUUGGAUUUAUACACGCUACCCAUAUACAACGAGAUAUGUAACUUAUAGCAGUUAAGUAUUCUUUGCUUGUUUUCUCAGAUGAAAAACUGCUGCCGUCUUCUCCUGGACAAAUCUGCUGCAGUUUUGCCUGCAGCCUAAUGAGCACUCAUGCACACCAUGGCAACAAUCGGUCCGUGCUCAGAUGCAGAGGACCUGUUGGCUUCUAUCCACCUCGAGAGGUAUCUAAACCACUUCCGUCAGGCCGGCUUUCUCCUCGCCCGAGACUUCUGUCAUGUGGACAAUGUGGCCCUAAACAGGGUAGGAGUCACUGCCACCGGCCACAGGAAGCGGAUCCUCAAACUGGUAGAGCACGUUCAGAUGAUCUGUCAGCAUCAAAGGAAAGAGCCACUGCUAGAUCGCUGUAAUUCAGAGUCGGACAUUCACGAGGUGACCCCUGUCAAAGCGGAGCCUCUCUCCCCUUCAGGACAUUCUGGAACGUCCUUUGAAGCCUUACGUAACAGAUCUGCCCCGAAUCUUUGUGCACAAGUGAGACGUUCAUUCUCUGAGCGCAGUACUACUGUUGUGAAGCCGGUACCCAAACCAAGAACUGUCUUCCACAAACUAAGAGAAGAAAAGAUUUCUUCACCAAAAAAACAUGAGGCACAGCCUUGCAGAAAGUCCUUGCAAGAUUCACAGUUUUUAAUAGCGGUAGAUGAUCAGAGUUUAUUCUCUAAUACGUCCAGAACAGACACUGUUAAAACGUCUACUGGAUCACCGCAAAGAUUUGCAGGGACCGAUGGACCAUCACCCCCCCUACCCCCCAGGUUAAAUCGAGGAAUCCUUCCCUCCACAUUGAAGAGAAUGUCAGACGAGGACCGGCACAGCUCCUCAACCCUCUCCACCCCCCCUGACUCUCCCUCCGGUUAUCAGUGUUCUCCUUUCACCAACACACCCGGUUCACCCCCAAGUCCUCCCUGCUCAGGGCUGGAGAUGGUCUCGAAUGAUAUCUACUGUGGCACUUUAUCAGACACCCCUCGCAUGUCGUGGAGUCGCGCUUUACCCGUUCCCCCUCCGCGCCAGGAGGUCAGCCUAUCUACUGAAAACCAUAGCACUUUAAAAAAUGUUUUUGAAACACCUGCAAGAAUGUCUGCGCCUGCUGAGGAGGAUGAUGAAAUGAUCAACCCAUACUGUGAAACAGUUUUUCAAAGCAAGAGACAAUAUCAACAUUCAGAGAUUGAGAGGACCAAAAGUGAGGAAAUGACUGGAACUUUAAAUAAGGAUAAAUUAAGAGAUGAUGGGCAGCGAAAUCAUUCUUGGUUGAAGCGUCUUGAUUCUCCAGGUUACUGUACAGUGGGUGAGCCCACCCCGGCCGCUCACUCCUUCUCCCUUCCUUCUAGCAUCUGCUCCAAUGAAGCGGACGAGGACCACACCAUCUCUCCCUAUGCCAGUUUUACUUCGCUGUCCGAGCGGGUGGCACCCAUCCUCAGCGGCUGGCUAGAUAAACUCUCUCCUCAAGGAAACUAUGUAUUCCAGAAGCGAUAUGUGAAGUUUGAUGGGAAGAACUUGAUGUACUACGGUAGUGAAAAGGACGCUUAUCCCAAAGGUGUGAUUCCCUUAGCUGCGAUCCAAAUGGCCCGUCUAGCCAAAGACAACAAAUUUGAGGUUGUGACAAGUCACAGGACAUUUAUCUUCCGUGCCGACAGUGACGUCCAAAGGAGCAAAUGGUGCUGCACAUUGCAGGAGCGAGUGAAGGAACAGCUGGUUUUUGGCCGCCCACGUUUUGGCCCCGGCAGUCACUGCCAAAAGAGCGGUUUCCUGGAGCUCAAAGGAACCAAGUCAAAGAUCUACGCUGCCAUUAUAAUGGAGCAGAUCUGGUUGUACAAGAGUGAGCAGUGCUUUAAGAAUGGGAUUGGAAUUACUGUAAUUGAUGCCAGAGGUGCUACAAUCCGUGAUGGGAAGGGCAAGAGCUUUGAUCUCAUUACACCUUAUAAAACCUUCAGCUUCACGGCAGAGUCAGAUCGAGACAAGAGGGACUGGAUGGAGGCCAUGCAGGAAUCUAUAGCAGAAACACUAUCUGAUUAUGAGGUGGCGGAGAAGAUAUGGUCCAACAGAUCUAACAAAAUCUGCGCUGACUGCAAAGCCAUCAAUCCAGACUGGGCGUCCAUCAAUCUCUGUGUGGUCAUCUGCAAGAACUGCGCAGGCCAGCACAGAGGUCUCGGCACAAUGGUGUCGAAAGUGCAGAGUCUGAAACUAGACACCAGCGUGUGGAGCAAUGAGAUCGUUCAGCUCUUUAUAAUGCUUGGCAAUGACAGAGCCAAUGAAUUCUGGGCGGCCAAACUUCUUGCGAAUGAAGAGCUGGACUGUGAUGCCUCUCCAGAACAGCGGAGGGAAUUUAUUACCCACAAGUAUCGUGAGGGCAGAUACCGCCACCCGCAUCCCAGUUUUAACACCCAGGAAGAGCUUCUUAAGGUCCUGUGCACCGCGGUGACCGAGCAGAACCUGCUGAAAACAGUCACUCAGAUUUUUGCAGACGCAGAGGCCCUGCGACUCUCCAACGCGAACGGAAAUAACAAGCGCGUGUCUCCACACUACUCAUACACGCAGUCUGCAGAUUCCUGCGUGUAUGAUGAGAUCAUGCAGGCCAUCCUGUACUCGGGCUUCCUUUACAAGUCAAGCUCCCUCAACAAAGGGACAUUAUCUCGCAGAACCAGAGACGCAGAUUUUCAAAAGUACUGGUGUUCGGUGGAGAAGUCCAUCCUCUUUUAUGAGUCCGACAGAUGUCAUGAGCCCAGUAUGAAGAUCGAUGUUAAAGACAUCAUCUGUUUAGGAGUCAGCAGGCCCGACUCCAUUAACAACAGCGGCUUUAUUGACAAAUUUCGAUUCACUUUCGAGCUUUACCUCACAUCUGAUAAACUGGUCCAGUUUGGCCUGGAGACUCCGGAUGCGUUGCACAGUUGGGUGAGAGCGAUCGGGAAGGCCACCACCCCUCUCAGCUGUCACUGCCUGCUGGCGCGAGAGUUCGAGCGAGUGGGCGUGCUGCGAUACAAGGCCAUGCUAGACCCACAGCAGUGGAAAGAAGGCUUCUUUGUUCUGCAGAAGUCCAACCUGUUCAUCUGUCCUGGAAAUGACGGUGCCGCUGAGGAUAUCAUAAACCUAAAGCGCCUCCAGGAGCUCAGUAUUGCAUCAGAAACUGAGAACCAUGAGAAGAAGGACAUCCUAGUUCUUGUUGAGAAAGGAAGGACUCUGCAUCUGCAAGGCAUGGGCCGGACAGAUUUCUCUCUGUGGUACACAGACAUCCAGAAAGCUGCGGGAGGAAAAGGAAACACCCUUAAAGACCAGCAGCUGAGCAGAAAUGACAUUCCCAUCAUCGUAGACAGCUGCAUUGCCUUUAUAACGCAAUACGGUUUGGGCCAUGAGGGUAUAUACAGGAAAAAUGGUGCCAAGUCCAGAAUCAAACUUCUCAUGGACGAGUUUCGUAAGGAUGCCCGGAAUGUGAAACUCCGUAUCGGAGACAAUUUCAUCGAAGACGUGACCGAUGUGCUUAAGAGGUUCUUCCGGGAAAUCGACGAUCACAUAUUCAUGGCUGAUCUGCACCCCUUCUGGAGAGAAGCUGCCAAGACACCGCAAAAGACACAGCGUUUGGACCGAUAUAAAGAGCUGAUCCGUGGUUUACCGCGAGUCAACAGAACGACAUUAGCGGCGCUCAUCAGUCACCUCUACCGAGUACAGAAGUGUGCUGACCUGAAUCAGAUGUGUACUAAGAACCUGUCCCUGCUGUUUGCUCCAAGCUUGUUUCAGACGGAUGGGAAAGGAGAACAUGAGGUCAAGAUCAUAGAAGACCUCAUUGAUAACUACUUAUAUAUUUUUGAUAUCGAUGAGGAACACCAAACACAGAUUGAACUGGAAAUCAGUUUGAUCACCACCUGGAAACACACUCAGCUCUCACAGGCAGGGGACCUGAUCAUUGAGGUUUAUCUUGAGGAAAAGAUACCAGACUGCUGCAUCACGUUAAAGGUGUCACCCACAAUGUGUGCUGAAGAGCUGACCAAUCAGGUGCUGUUCAUGAGAAACAUCCCUGCAGGGGAGAAAGACGUGUGGAUGACUUUUGAGGCCAUUGAGGAUGGAGAGCUUGAGCGACCUCUUCACCCCAAAGAGAAAGUUCUGGAGCAGGCCCUGCAGUGGUGUAAAAUGGCUGAUCCCAGCUCAGCAUAUCUGGUGGUGAAGAAGGUGCCCAGAGGAGAAGCAAUAGACAUUUUCACAGCCUACAAGAGUGAUAUAGUAAAGUCUGGAGUUCUGAAGUGUCGGGAUGAGCCGCCCAAACUCCUGCAGGGAAACAAAUUCCAGGAGCGAUUAUUUCAAAUUAAAGACCACAAACUGCUCAUGAAGGACAAAAAAAGCAUCAAGCCAGAGAAAGAGUGGCAACUGAAGACCUUGAAGAUAUACAUGGGGAUAAAAAAGAAACUAAAGCCACCCACAAUAUGGGGACUCACUGUGAUAUUGGAUAAACAGCAAAUGUAUCUCAGCUGUUCCUCUGAAACUGAAUCAUGGGACUGGAUGACAAAUUUACUUAAAGCACAGAACGAUGACCUGCGCCCGCCUGUGAUGAGACGGCACUCUUCCUCUGACAUUUCAAAGCAGAAAUUCGGCACAAUGCCACUGGUGCCCAUCAGAGGAGAGGAAAGCAAUUCCAACUCCACCAUGCUCUCAGCCAACCAGACUCUGAGGAAGCUUCACACGAGAAGGGCACUUUCAAUGUUUUUUCCCAUGAAGAUGCAGCAGGACUCAUUUGAGGAGCGCAUUGAAAGUCCCGAGCCUUUGUAUGAGGAGGUGGGCGACUUUGGCCUGCAGGUGCUCAAGUCUUUAGAAACAAGUUUCCUAUCCAGCACCCCUGCUGUGACACAGGAGGUGCCAGCACGGCCCGACAGCCUCGGACAGAGGAAGACUGCCUCCCUGGAUCGCAUGGUUGGCUCUAUCUCGGCUCACACUCUGAGCGAAGAAAGUACCUUGUCCUCUGGUGAAUCUAUAGACAUUCUGGGACAAGAAGAUCCCGGUGACUCUCUGCAGGUCACUGGCAGGCCCAGGUCCCAUAGAUCAUGUAGCCCAUGUAGUCCCCAACAAGAAAUGCUGUUACAGGAACUCUCCACUAUGUUCAUCAAGAAACCAGAGUCUAAAAAGCAACACACUACUGAGAACCUUUUCUGAAAGCACAGAUUAUUAGAAUAGUUGGCCUAGAUUGGUCCCAAAUGCAAAUUUGCUUUGGAAAUUUUAAUUUAUCUGACUGAUAUUGGAUAGUAAGAAAGCAGCAUUAGCAUGGUUUGAUUAUUAUUGUAAGUACUGUGCCAAAGCGAACACCAAAAUUAAGAUACAAGUCUAUAAAACUGCUAUAGUUGUUUUUAAAAAGUGGGUUAAAUGUGCUUUGCCUUGUGCAUCUCUUUGUCUCACUAAACUGACAUACCUCUCAGCAUUUUUCAGCCUGUCACCAUUUGACAAUAAGGUUUAUAUGUCUUUUUAUUGUAUUAGUUUUACCUAAAGAUGUAAUUACUUUUGAUUUAAAUUUAAUAACUGUUUUAUAUAUUUUGUACUGUUUCUUGGCUCAGUAUUGCAGUGUUUUCUGUAUGACAGUAAGACGUGAAUCUUAAUGCAUACUGUGUGUAUUACAUAAACAGUAGUCUUGUUAAAACAUUUAUCUUGGUGUUCCUUGGCUUCAUACAGAAAAUUAAAUGACUGCUGUUUGUGAACAUUUCUCCUGAGACUUCAAACUGUUUUUAUACAGUUUAUUGUAUUUAUUGAAUUAUUUAUAUAGACUAUUUGAAGUAUGAUCAACCACAGAAGUGAAGGCAAUUGAAAAAAAUGAAGGCAAUCACUGGAAUUAUUUUCAGGUUUGACAAUAGAGGGCAGUAUAGAUACAGCACAUCCUUUUCUGACAAUCUGCUUCAGCAUUUUCCAAAUUUCACUUCUCUUUAAAGGCAUUUAUUCAAGGCAUGUAUAAAGUCUAAUAACAAAAUAAAUAUCUGAUUUCACCACA